AGUUUAGUAUAAUAAAUACAUUUAUUUUUAUAUUUUAUGAAGGUUCAUCUGAACGAGCUUUAGUUAUUUUAGUCCUGAAACUUAAAACUUGUUUUUAUUGUAAAAUAAAUAUUGCUUUUAAAAUGUUAUGUUUGUUUAAAAAAAAUAUAUUAACCACGUAUUUGGGAACGUUUAAAUGGACAACAGAUUAAAAAGUAAAUAAAUAAAUGAAAAAGAUAAGUAUAUAAAUAAAAAGCGGUUCCCCUUCUGACGUCAUCGCUACGUUUUUUAACGCAAGCCCGACACAGUCCCGCGCAUGCGCACCUCGGGCUGUUGCCUAUCAAGUUGGUCAAACAGCGGGGAGAUAAAAUGGUAGCAUAAGCUGAAGUCAUCACAGAAAGAGAAGGUUCGUCAGUUUAUGUCCUUCACUCAGGCCGGCGAGAGGACAGCCGUCUACUGCCUCACUCAGAAUGACUGGAAACUAGAAGUGGCAACAGACAACUACUUCCAGAACCCAGAUCUCUACUAUAAGGAAUCCAUGAAAACCACAGUGGACCGCAAGAAGCUGGAGCAGCUUUAUAACCGCUACAAGGACCCUCAGGAUGAGAGUAAAAUUGGCAUUGAUGGGAUCCAGCAGUUCUGUGAUGAUCUCACUCUGGAUCCAGCCAGCAUGAGCAUCCUGGUGGUGGCCUGGAAGUUUCGAGCGGCGACACAGUGCGAAUUCAGCCGGAAAGAGUUUGUGGAUGGCAUGUCGGAGCUGGGCUGUGACAGUCCUGAUAAACUGAAGGCCAUCUUACCCAGGUUAGAACAGGAUCUCAAAGACUCUGGAAAGUUUAAGGAUUUCUACCAGUUUACUUUCAAUUUUGCCAAGAAUCCUGGACAGAAAGGCUUAGACUUAGAGAUGGCUGUGGCUUAUUGGAACCUGGUUCUGACCGGCCGCUUUAAGUUUCUGGACCUCUGGAACACGUUCCUGAUGGAGCAUCACAAGCGCUCGAUUCCUAAAGACACGUGGAAUCUUCUGUUAGACUUCGGAAACAUGAUUGCAGACGAUAUGUCGAACUAUGACGAGGAAGGGGCGUGGCCCGUCCUCAUAGACGACUUUGUGGAGUUUGCUCGUCCAAUCAUUACAGCAGGCAAGCGCAAAAAUGUAUAAUCACCACUUUCCUCUCGGAGAGAGAAGUGACCUCUCUCUGUUUUAGACAUUUUUAUAUCAAAAUUUAUUUAAAUAAAAAAAACAAAGAAAAUGCAAGACUUUAAAGAGGUGCGUCUGUGCUACCAAACACGAGGUGAGUGCAGUACAAUGCAGAGCUGAACACGCUACGUCGGGACGGGUCCGAGUGCAUAGUGGGCUUCACCACCAGGGGGCGACGGUGACGUGGAGGAACGUAGAGUCGCCUCAGAUUUGAAUUGAUGACGUCAAAGUUUCCAGUCAGUUGUUUUCACGCAACGUUUGAACCUGACUGAAAACUGAAAUAUCACAAGAAAGAUGGAGGAUGAUGGAUUUGAAUGUGUGUGUUUUGGCUGCCCUUUUUUUUUCCCAAUCAAUAUCAGCACCAUAGCUUCUUUAGAAUAUUCCCAUCAAAGCAGUUGAUGGAGACACAUACAGAAAUGACCAUUUAACCAUCCAGCAGUCUGUACAUGGAAGAUGUCGCAUUGCAGUUAGGAUCUCAAGUGCCAAGGUUGAAACCUGAGAGCGCUGGAGUACAGCACGACGAAGACGACGGCUGGGUUGUUUGCAGCGGAUUGACGUUUUAAGCCAGAAAAAAAAAAACGCAGGAUCUUUUUCGUUGAAGCAGAAUCAUGCACAGGUCUCGAUGUUUUAUUGCGCAAUGUUACAAAAACUUCUACAACUUGUCCAGACAAACUCGGUUAACGGUCCGUGAUUGUGACGUAAGAAAGCAUGCAGACAGCAGACACGCCAUAUUGCUGCUCAGUCCCUCCAGGAUUUCACUCAUUUUUGUUUUUGUUUUGUUUUUCGUAGCCAAAAGUGCCUGAUUUUGCAACUUUUAUCAAAAUCUCUGAUUUGUCUCUGAUUUUUGUUUUUGUUUUUUUUUUGUUUAACUACAUGAAUUAGUGAAAUUGCAAACACAGGAUAUAAACUCCUACCAUUACUGACAUAAUGACUUUGUUAUAGCUGUACUCGUGUUCCAGACAUGCGAAUGAAUGUAUGUUCCGUUUACAUCACAGAACACGGCUCUGCCCAAAUCUGCCGAAAAUCUGUGAUCGUUUUGAAAACGUCCUCAGAAUAUCGCAGAUUUUGAAUUAAUUUCCGUGAUUGCAAAAUCAGGAAAUCCUGAAUGGACUGAUUACACUUUUACUGUGGUACGGACAGAAACGUUGUUGUGGAAAACAUUCAGAAAAGGGUACGACGUCCAAAUGUGAUCAAAUAGAUUAUCUAGAAAAAUAUCUGAUUCCUUUUAGACGUAAAGGAUUUAAAAACACUAACCUAGAGCGCGAGUGGAUUUUUAGUUCAUACUGUUGUUUGUUUGUUUGUUUUUUUUGUGCGCACACUAAUGUCUAUGUUUUUUAUUGUUCCUUUGGAUCUUCUACAUUAUUCUAUAUUUCUUCCAGACUUCUGGACAAGGUGCUAUGGUGUUCUGGUUUUGCCUCACUUGUUCACAGAUUGCCAUGUUUGUCCAGUUUAAUGUCACUUUUUAUUUCUGUCCUGAGGAAAGCAGGAUUAUUCUCACGUGGUACGCUUUGCAGAGUGUUUUCGAGUGUUGAGUCCCACAUAAUCCAGUUCAGCUCAGCAAAUCAGUAUUAUUGCAUUUGUAAAUAAAAUUUAUUUAAAGGGGGAAAAAAAAACAAAUGGCGAAUCUCCAUCGUCGAAUCGAAACCUGUUUGUUUGACUGUGGAGUAUAAAGGGUGUUAAAUAAAGCAUGUUUUUAACAAAAAA